CUGCGCAUGGCAAGUCCCACACUGAUGACGUGCUGGGCAGGACAGGAGAAGACAGCAGAUGUCGGGCUGCUGUAACGAUGAGUGGUGCGGUACCGCACGCUGUGUGACACCUGACCUAGACUUCUCCGCUCUUUCUUAUAUGCACUUCCUCCACUAGCCAGCCAUGAGCCCCUGGUUUCCCGUGCUUGCCCUGCUGUUCUCCGCCCUCCUUGCUGUCAGCUCUGGGGAUCAGCAGUCUCAUAGGCAGCCCGAGACCCCGGACUGGAGGAUGACCCUGAAGACCAUCAGGAACGGGGUACACAAGAUAGACAUGUACCUAAAUGCUGCCCUGGACCUGCUGGGAGGAGAAGAUGGACUGUGCCAGUAUAAAUGCCGGGAUGGUUCCAAGCCAUUUCCCCGCUAUGGCUAUAAACCCUCGCCACCUAAUGGAUGUGGAUCUCCUGUUUUUGGAUUUCAUUUUGAUGUUGGCAUUCCCUCCAUGACAAAGUGCUGCAACCAACAUGAUCGCUGCUAUGACACAUGUGGUAACCUGAAGAAUGACUGUGAUGAGCACUUUCAGAGCUGCCUCUCCAAAAUAUGCAGAGAUGUACAGAAAACGCUGGGCAUUUCUGAGAGUGUUCAAGCUUGUGAAUCAACAGUGGCCCUCCUGUUUGAUGCAGUCAUACAUUUAGGAUGUAAACCGUAUAUGGAAAGCCAAAGAGCUGCAUGCGUGUGUCCAUAUGAAGAGAAAAUAGACCUAUGAUUGAGGACUUCUCAUGUCGCACAUGUACUACGGCUGAUGUGUGCACCACUGAAGGACUAGACAGAGCAUCUGAAAUGCUUUUGUUGUAUUCAAAGCCUAAUGAAGGAAAUAUGUCUUUUUUUGAAUAUACUGUGAAUGAUUAACCUCAGGAUCAUAUGUGAUUUCAGUUUUACACAGCUAUGCACUUUUUCUAUGUGUAAUGCAAUGCUAUGUUCAGUGUAUUACGUAAUUGUAAUACAGGGUUAGUCACCACUUCAGAUGCAUGUUGUUGCACUACUUUUGUAAAUGAAUAUCGUUGCAAAAUCGCUGUAGCCAUACAAAUAGGUGACACAGAUGUUCAUUUGCAACUUUAGCACAAUCUAUAUUGCACAACAUUCAUGUUCCAAUAAUUGGGGAAAAUGGGUUUUCUCUCAUUCCUGUCGAUUGACGUACAACACGUUGUUAGUAGUCAGACAACUUCAAUAAAAGGGCAUGGGAGUUAAAAUUGCACUGACAAAGUUGUCAUUAAAACACUGGCCUUAUUGAUUUUAUAUAGGUUAAUAGCUAUUUAAAUGCAUAUAGGAACUAUUGUAGAAGCCACUAUGUGGAGUUUUUAUAGCACAUAUCCAAUGGAAGCAAAUGUUAACAGGUAAAACCUGCUUAUAAAAAAAAAAUAAUUAAAUAAGUGAAUA